AUGUUCCUAAUAAAAUCCAGCAACUAUUCAAUAUGGCUACCAAUCUACACCCUCGACGACGCAAGUUACAACUCAUAUUUCUACCAGGGUCUUCUAGUAUUUGAACUAAUUCUAUCCAUUUUUGCGUUAAUAUUUUGCGGCGUCUCCGGUUAUGUAAUGGUCACAACUCGAUCUUUCCAUUUUCACUUUAACACUUUAUUAGCAAUUAUUGUACUAAGUUGGGUGACGUCAGCAAUUGGAAAGUCCCUGUUAACCCCUUACUCGACAGGUGCUCUACGCCUAAAUAACGCCUCAACAGACCUACACAAACCUUACUGGACAGAUGACGUAGCAAGAAUGGUCCACGUGGAGGAUAUCGGGGAGGCGUGGCCUCUGUUUGUGGGCGGGGUUUUGACGUGGUAUUAUAUGAUGAUGAUGUCCACGUGUAUAUUUGUUGUGUCGCUGGAGCGACUUUGCGCGGUGUAUUUUAUUGAAAAUUAUGAGAAUUUACCCAGAAUAUAUCUACUCUUCUUUUUAAUUAUAUUCCAACAGUUUUUAAUCAUAACUGCAGUGUAUUUUCUAUUCUACAAUCGGCUUAAAUUCAUACCUGCUGUCACGUUGCUCACUGUGCUUAAUGUUUUGGCGUUUACCAUAUGCUUGUUAAUUCAGAGAUAUAACCUAAAAAUUAUGAGACAGUUUGGUCAGAAACCUGCGAAAAAUUUAAGAGCUGGGAAUUUUACGCUGUCGGUGAGAUUUCAGGCGAAGGAGAAUUUGAGGGUUUUUGAGCUAACAGUACGUGUAUUCGUCGUGGGGUUUAUUAUGAUUCUAUUAGCAGUUGCGUGUAUAGUUGUGAUUACCUAUAAUUUGGUGCCAUCUAUGAAUACCCUUUUGAUAUUUUUUUUCGAAAAUAUUAUACAUUUAAACCCCCUUAUCAUCAGCCCAGUGCUCAUACUAUCCGUGGGCUCUUGGAGCAAAGUUCUGCUCAAUUUUCAUCUGCCAUUUGUUGAGAAAAUCACGAAGAGCUCACUAAUCCACGCACGUCCGACACUUCCAACAAUAAAUUCUCAACGACAGGAGACGGACACGUACUUUUUGGAAUUGCAUAGAUCUUGGAGAUGAAGAAAAUAUUGAAAGUUGUAUGAUUAGUUUUAAUAA